CAGCUCAUCAAAUUCGGGGAGAGGUUGAAUCCUCUGGUGAUUAUGCAUCCCAGUGCAUUCUCAAUAGCCCUGUUAAAACUGUUUUUGUCCAUUGAGGUCGUCAUAUAUAAAUGUCUGGGCUCUUAAAGUUAGACAAGGCCAUGUCGGUCAUCACCAUGAUGAGUCGGAACUUACUUGUGAUGAAUGAAACCUUCCUCUGUGGACAGGAGAGUGCUUGGUUAGGCAUGACAGGAUAGAAUGUUCAAAGUUGAUGCAGUCUCUACAUAAUCUACGAGCAGAAAAUGUUUAUGGAUGUUAAGGUCCAUGUACUGGGAUGUGGUGAUAGUCUUAUUAGCAUAAGCAUCAGCCAGGAAAACAAACUCUCGUCAAAAUAAAGAAUAUAUUCCUUCCCCAAGAAAGUAAACGGAUCAUUUUGCGUCUUGAAGACUUCCCUAUGAGGGAAAUCAACUUUCAAACAGCAGUUUUUCCUCCCGACACGUUCUUUUUCAAUCUCUAUGGAUAAAGUUCUUCUGGGGCGGCAAAAAAGUCCUGUAAACGAAGAGGGGUCGGUUUGCUUCAGGCAGAUGCUCUGUGCUAGAUCGCAUUACGCACCCCAAAUUUAAUAAUGUCUUUUUUCACAACUUAGCGUAGCCAUGCAGCAGACUGGGAGAUGCCUUGAACGGCAUAUUCUAUUUAAUUGCCCUUGUGAACCUAUCAAAAUCAUCAUUUUUCUAUUGUGUCAUAGCUCAUAUAAUCUUCACAACUGCUGCAGUUAUUCUUCCUACAAUUCUCAAAGUCCCGAGGGAAGAAAAGGAAAGAUGGAAGAACAAGUUGAAAUGGUGGGGAAAGCAUUUGUGGAUCAUUACUACCACCUGUUUGAUAAUGACAGACCUUCUCUUGCUCUUCUGUACCAACCAACUUCCAUGCUUACAUUUGAAGGCCAAAAGAUUCAGGGGACAGAUAAUAUAAUUGCAAAGUUGGUGCAAUUGCCAUUCCAGCAAUGCCAUCACGUAAUUAGCACCAUCGAUUCUCAACCAUCAUCCUUUGCUGGAGGCAUUUUAGUCUUCGUCAGUGGUACCCUCCAACUGCAAGGAGAGGACCAUCCUCUAAGGUUUAGUCAGAUGUUUCAUUUGAUACCCACGGUGGAAGGAAGCUUUUUCGUGUUGAACGACAUAUUUCGCCUCAACUAUGCUUGAAUACAGUCCUUUUCCUGGCAAUUGAUUCUUCCGAUAAAGAAAACAUGUGAAAAUGAGAAAAGGUUGCCCUGUGAAGUUCGAUCGUGAUUGUUGUUUUGUUCCAGAAAUCUGAUAUGCUAAAUAUAUUGUUGUGUCUCACAUUGUUUUACGCGAGGCAGAUUUAAAUGGAGUAAAUAUCAGAUUCGUAAGGAUUUUUUGGACUAA